AUGAAUUCUAAGAGACCUAGUUAAGAGAGAGUUUCUAUUUAAUUCAAUUAAAUAUAAUACCCUCUAAAUCCUAUAGUGAAUUCUAACAUAGAUUAUAGUAAGAUAUCAGGAUUGAACUCAAAAAAUUCAAAUCAAAAUGAAGAAUUGAAAAUGACAAAUAGAUACUUAUAAACUUAAUUAACAUUAUAUUAAGGUUAAGAUUUAAUUAAGCAUUAGAGAAAGUUGGGGCUCUUGAGAAAAAGGUAUCAGAAUUAACAGAUCAAACUGAAUAUUUACAAAAUGAACUAUACAAUUAUCAAUUUGAACUUGAAUAAGUUUAUGUGAAUACUUAGAAAUAAUUUAGUUAACAAGAAGUUUCAAAAGAAGAAAUUGAAGGAAAGGAAUAUAAUAUAAAUUCACUUUAAACUUAAGUUCAAGUUCUUUAAGAUAAAAUUACGACUUUACACAAUACAUAUUAAUAGGAGAGAUUGUAAAUGAAAUAACUAUUACUUAACAAAGAACUGGAUAAUAAGUAUAUUAUAUUCUUAAGAUUAGAUUGUUAUAUUCUGAAUUACAUAAAUUACAGAUAAAUAUUGGAUAAAAAAAUGGGAAUGAGGAUAAACAUCAAUUAAAGGUUUUAAUGAAUGAAUAUAAUGAAUUUAAGAUUAAAAAAUUGAAAGAAAUUGAAUAAUUAUAGGAUUAAAUAAAUGUUUAUUAAGAGAAAUUGAAAUCAUUUGAUUAAAUGUAAAUAUUUAAAAUAAUUUUAAUUAGGAAAAUUGAAGAAAUGUAAUCGAAAUAUAAUCAAAUUAUAUAGGAUUAAGAUUAAUAUAAGAAAUUAGAAAAUUAAUUAAAUUAAUAGAUUUUAUAACUAUAAAAUCAAUUAUAAAUCUUAAGUCAUUAAUGUUAAACUCUUAAAGAUGAUAAAAAUUAAUGGAAUAAAGAAAAACAAGCAAUAGAAACUUACUAUUUAGAUUAAUUAUAAAAGUAAGAUAAUCAAAUAAAUUUAAUGAUUAAAACAAAUCAUAUAUCUGAUAGCAAGGUUAUUAUACAGAAAUUGCAAUCAUAAAUAGAGUAAAUAAUGUAUUAAUUGUAGAUCUAAAGAUAAAAUAAUUAAAGAAUUGGGUUAAUAAAAAUGUAAUUGUUCAAUAAAUGCAUAAUAUUAUAAGGAAUUGGAAUAAAAAAAUACAACUUUAAUAUUAGAAGUUGAAAGAUUGAAUUCUAUUUUGAAAUAAAAAUUAGUUGAAUUAGAAAAUAAUGAAAAAGAAAAGAAACUAUAGAUUGAUAAAUUAAUAUAAUAAUAAUAGCUAGACAAUAGUUUAGUUUAAAAAGCAAAGGUACAAAAAUGA